AUGGCUGUGUACUGGCCCCCAAAGCUGGGGAGUUGUGUGCGCUGCUCCACCUGCAGCAAGACUGUGGGCAACACGUGGGAGGCCUACCUGGGGCUGCUGCAGGCCAAGUACACUGAUGGGGACGCCCUGGGCCUGAAGCACGAUAGCCGCUGCUGCAUGCUGCUGGCCCACGUGGACCUGAUCCAGAAGCUGCUCAAUUAUGCCCUCCUGGGAAAGUGA